AUGAACACAAACACCUCUGUGGUGACUGAAUUUGUCCUUGUCAGUUUCUCCCACCUGGCUGGCCUCCAGGGCGCGCUCUUCUCUCUCUUUCUCGCUGUCUACCUGCUCACCGUGGUCGGUAACCUCCUCAUUGUGGUGCUCGUCUCCGCUGAUGCCUCUCUUCAAUCGCCCAUGUACUUCUUCCUUCGAAUCCUCUCAGCCCUGGAGAUCUGCUACACGUCGGUCACAGUCCCGCUGCUGCUUCACCACCUCCUCACGGGUCAGCGUCACAUCCCUCGCUCUGGUUGUGCGCUUCAGAUGUUCUUCUUUCUCUUUUUUGGUGCCACGGAAUGUUGCCUCUUAGCUGCCAUGGCCUACGACCGCUACGCAGCCAUCUGCCAGCCCCUUCGUUAUUCUCUACUGCUGCGCCACCGGGUGUGUCUUCAGCUGGCAGGAUCAGCCUGGGCUUGCGGGGCAAUGGUCGGGCUGGGUCACACCAUCUUCAUCUUCUCCUUGCCCUUCUGUGGCCCCAAUGCUAUCCCACACUUCUUCUGUGAGAUUCAGCCUGUCCUGCAGCUGGUGUGUGGAGACACUUCACUCAAUGAGUUGCAGAUUAUUCUGGCUGCAGCUCUCAUCAUCCUCUGCCCCUUUGGCCUCAUCCUGGGUUCCUACGGGCGUAUCAUGGCCACUAUCUUUCGGAUCCCCUCUGUAGCUGGGCGCCGCAAGGCCUUCUCCACCUGCUCCUCCCACCUGAUUGUGGUCUCCCUCUUCUAUGGCACUGCCAUUUUUAUCUAUAUUCGCCCUAAGGCCAGCUAUGAUCCAGCCACUGACCCUCUGCUGUCCCUCUUCUAUGCUGUGGUCACCCCCAUCCUCAAUCCUAUCAUCUACAGCCUUCGGAACACUGAUGUCAAGGCUGCCCUAAAGAGAACCAUCCAGAAAAUGGAGAAAAUAGGACCUACAGAGAUUUGA